AACAACAAUAAACAACAACAAAGUAAACAGGACGACACGGCGGCAGCAGACGCAUGACACAUCUCAGCUGACAGCACAAAGUACCGGCGGCCAGGAGGUCCUGCAGUCUGUCGUUUUUCCAAAGAAAACACUGCGAUGGCCGAGGGACUCGUCGAGGGCGACAUGGACGCGGAGCUCGCGGCACUCACCAUGGACGGCUCGCUCUGCUCGGACCUGUCCUCCCUCGGAGACGUCGAGCCCCGCGAGUACCACGGCGGCGACGGGGCGUCCUGCGCGCCGAUGUCCACCCUGGCCGAGGUCUGGCAGUGGCGAAGGGAGCCCUGGGCGAGCUUGGCCACUGGCCUAUCCCCCAGGUCAGCCUUGGUGCUGCCCGGCAACAGAGUGCACUGCUCGGAGGGCGUGCAGCCCAGGGUGCACCGGGACUCGGUGCCCAAGACCCUGUUCUGCCACGAUCUGAAAGGAGGUUACUUAGAGGAUAAGUUUGUCAAUGGUUCUGGAGUCCAUGGAGAGUACCGCUUUUUUCACUGGUCUGGUAUAGAUACAUUUAUUUACUUCAGUCAUCAUCUUUUGACUGUACCGCCUCUUUCAUGGAUCAACUCAGGACACCUCCAUGGUGUGCCGGUACUAGGAACUCUGAUAACUGAGGGUCAAGAUGGUGCUAAGGUAUGGGAGGAUGUGUUUGUGGACCUCCCCACGACAAUUCGGUUUGCCGACACAUUGGCUGCUAUUUGCAGAUACUAUCGCUUUGACGGAUACCUCCUCAAUGUUGAAAACGAAAUACCUCAGGAAAACGUCCCAAAGUUGAUAAGAUUUGUGUCAGAAUUGAGAGCCAGCCUACUCCGAAUUGGCCUGAAGCAGGCUCAAGUGAUUUGGUAUGACAGUGUCACUUGCAAAGGCAAACUGAUUUGGCAAAAUGAACUUAAUAAGAGAAACAAGUGCUUUUUUGAUUUAUGUGAUGGAAUAUUCCUGAAUUAUACCUGGACAAAAAGUCAUCUAGAGCGUUCGCUUAAAGCAGCUGGGGCACGAUGCCUAGAUGUUUACGUCGGAGUUGAUGUCUUUGGCAGAAAUUGUUUUGGUGGGGGUGGAUUUGAUUCAGACAAGGCAGUAUCUGUGAUAAGAUCUGUAGGCCUCUCUGUAGCUUUGUUUGCUGCAAGCUGGACCCAUGAACGUUUGGACAGAAGGAACUUCACAUAUCUUGAAUAUCUAUUUUGGCAAAAAUUAUGGCCUUACUUAUAUGUGCAUGGGCCCAUCAAGCUUCCAUUUUCAACAUCUUUUUGCCAAGGUUAUGGAAUAAACAUUCAUAAAAAUGGGGAGGUGUACUCUUCUGGACCCUGGUACAAUCUCCGAAAGCAACAAUACCAGCCAUGCACUCCAUCAAUGCUGGAACAACAGCGUAUUUAUGGAUCUCAUGUGAAAAACCCAGGCUCCUCCCAAGCUGAUUCUAAUGCAAUUCCUAGUGAUAUAGUUGCAGCUGGUAGUGGCCCUCCUUGCCUCAAAGAUGAAGAUAGUUUCUCUAUUUCAACACAGCUUGGGCAAGGGUAUGUUGCUCAUGAGAAUCAAGAUGCAUUCUAUGGAGGAAGCUGUUUGAAAAUAGGAGGAAGAGGAUGUUACAGUAUGAAAAGAAUGCUAAUAUGUGGAUUUAGAAGUGCUGGAAUUCUGGUUGUGUCUGUUGCAACUAAAGUUACCUCACCAACUGUCAUCACUCUUCCUGCCCUCAAUAUUUUGAUGUUAGUUCAGGACAGGGAUGGGUGCUAUAGUAAACAUGUUCUAGUCGGAGCUGAACAAGGUGGAGAAGAAGGGUAUGAAAAUGAAUGUGCUGUUCAUCUACAUCGGCCCCUGAUGGAAGGAGAACUGGCACAGAUUCGCAGUUCUGCUGUUGAACAAUGCACCCAAAAACAACUGAAUAUAGAGGGAUCUAACGGGUGGGAAGUCAGACAUUUUUCAGUUGAGGUGUUUGGUGUUGUUCUUGAGAUGGGAGCUGAGGUCAGUAGCCCUGACGAGGCUGUUUAUCUGGGAUGGUUGGCAAUCAGCCGCUUAGAUGGUUAUUAAUCUGUCAUUCAAUAACAUUCAAUGAUAUAUAAUUGAGAUUAAACCUAACAAUGAAAUAAUGAGAUUUUUUAUAACAGUUUUAUUAUCCAUUAUGUUUAUAGGAAUUUGAUAUCUGUGAUAACACAUUUAGCUUAAAAAGAGUUCUUGUAGCAAACAACAUAAUAAGUGUAAAGCCAGAAAAUUAACGUGUGCUACAUAUUAUAGUUUAUUGGACUUGUUACUCGUAACAUCUGAUGAAAAAUAGUUGAUGUGACCUGUAGGGUAAAUAAUACCUGUGUAGUGUGUACCAAGUUACCAAUUGUGAUAUAUUCUGAAUUUUUAAAAAUGAUCCUUGCUUUUUCUGAGAUUCUUGGAAUUAUCUGUGAAAUUGCCUGUAUUUGUGUAACUACUGUGUGUAUGUGUGAUCAGAAGUAAUCAAUAUUGCUACAUUAAAUAAAUAAAUGUGCUUUACAACUAAGA